ACUUGUGCAUUUAAUCCUGUAGUGACCUCUAUGAAGGAACCCGGAUGGCUAGGGCCGAAGAUUUCUCUAGCAUAAGACAAAUCAUGCAACCUUUGGAAGAAUCUGGCAUACUUGUUCUCCGGACUGAUCAAGAGCUUCUUGAAGCAUUGGAUUCCUUCGUUGUUGUGGAAAGAGAUGGCCAGAUAAUUGCUUGUGCUGCUCUUUUUCCUUUCUUUGAGGAGAAGUGUGGAGAGGUUGCUGCUAUUGCAGUUUCUCCUGAUUGCCGUGGACAAGGACAAGGAUACAAAUUACUUGAUUACAUCGAGAAGAAGGCAUCCUCCCUUGGAUUGGAGAUGCUUUUCCUGCUUACAACACGAACAGCAGAUUGGUUUGUGAGGCGUGGUUUUUUGGAAUGUUCACUUGAGUCAAUACCAGAAAAGAGGAGAAAAAUGAUCAAUCUGUCCCGCAAAUCCAAGUACUAUACGAAGGAACUGCUACCUGAUUCAAGUGGAAUUACUGUUGAUAGAGCAGUCCUUUGAAGUUGCAAUGCUGCAGCUUGAAAAAUUAGUUUUAGUAGAUCAGAAGUAUGUCGCGGAUGUCUUUCUCAUAAUGCCGCAUCAGAUUUUUGAUGUUGGCUAUAUUGGAUUAAUCUGCCAUCCUGUGGAGGCAUACUCGAAAUUUUGUUCUGGGUUAUGUUGAAUAACAAGUAUUGCAAUUAACCACCUUUUUGUGCUCAUUUACAGAAUGGCAAGUUGCUGAUGAUAUAAUGAAAAGAAGAUGGUGACCUCUGAA